AUGGCGUGCAUGCUGAUUAUGCUUGCUCGUUACGAUCCUGAGCGAGCUAAAUCUCGCACUCGGCUCGGAAAUCUAGCGUUUCUAAAGCGCUUUCUCAAGCGCAACCGCCUUACGUCUAUCCAGCACGUAAUUGAAGAAGAUGGCAUUCUGGCAUCCGAGCCUGGAGACGGCAAGCUCGCCGUCAUAAAUAAUAUGGACCAAACAGCCAUUUACAUCGAUAUGGCCAGCAAAACGACUAUAGAUUUCACUGGAAAUCACACAAUUGACGUGCCGCGAGGGAGCGAAAUCAAAUUCAGAGCAUAG